AGUCACCGAGACUCAGAAGAGAAUAUAGCAGCGCACUUACAUCGCCCUGAAAUAGUUUUUUUUUCCCAUUCUAUUAUUUUUAUGACUUGUAUAUUUGUGUAAAUAGAUUUCUGUUUUUUUUUUUUAUAACGAGACGACAACAGGAUGGAACUUAAUUCUCUUUUAAUUCUGCUGGAGGCUGCAGAGUACUUGGAAAGAAGAGACAGAGAGGCAGAACACGGUUAUGCGUCUGUUUUACCGUACAGUAGCGACUUUUCCAGAAAGAAAACGAAAGCCCCGCCAAUUUCCAGAAAAACUCAGAACAAUAGAUCGUCGCACAAUGAGCUGGAGAAACACAGACGUGCCAAACUACGGCUGUACUUGGAGCAGUUGAAGAAGCUGGUGCCGUUGGGUCCAGACAGCACAAGACACACCACACUGAGCUUGCUGAAAAGGGCCAAGAUGCACAUCAAGAAGCUGGAGGAGCAGGACAGGAAGGCUUUGAAUGUGAAGGAGCAGCUGCAGAGAGAGCACCGCUACCUCAAACGCCGCCUGGAGCAGCUCUCUGUGUCGGGAUCCGUUGAGCGCAUCCGCACUGACAGCAUGGGCUCCACCAUCUCCACCGACUCCGAGCAAGAGGUGGACAUCGAGGGCAUGGAAUUCACCCCCGGCGAGGCGGACAGCGUGGACAGCAUCAGUGACGUCGAGGAGGAGGACCACUACAGCCUCCAGAGCAGCUCCAGCGACACCAGCUACACAGCCACACAUUCCCACAGACUGCAGCCGCACCACUGUUAGACACCGCGCGACCAUCCGUCUCCCAACCAGCACCCUCACCCAUGCUUUCCCACCCUCACCCUACUUUCCCUGACCGUUUGCUAUCGCCAGCGCCGCCCACUACCUACAGCUGACCAGUCCACAAUGGCGGUACACCCUGAACCAGUUCCUCCUUUCCUGGCCCCGGGUCUCCAGGAAGCACAUGGGGCUGAAAUGCCACUCAAGCCUUCCUGACCCCCCUGACCACUGACCCUACCUCACCCUACUGUAUCCUGCCUGACCCUGCCCCUCCUGACACGCCCUCUCCUCUCACUGCCCUCACAACCCCCUACCUAGUGUUGCCGCAGGCUCAGAGAGAGCAGAGCAGAGUUUGUGGUUUUUUAUUGGGGACUUCUGUGGUGUGGUGGACGGCUUUGACUUGUUAAUCAGGAUUUUGUAAUGAGUCUUUUUGUGAGUGUUUGUGUGCGUGUGUCUGUUUGUGUGUGCAGGAGAGAAAAACCAAGCACGGGAGUGUAAGAGAGGUCAAAAACAAAAUAUAAGCUUCAUGUCAUCUUCAUGUGGCAAUAAUACACAGACAAGGCUUUGCACUAAGUUUGUGAUGUUAAGGGUAAAGCACUUCUGUUUGUUCUGCAAUAUAUGCAACAUUGGGACCUCGAAAGUUAUUUUCAACAUACAGUAUCUUCCUUUUACACAAUAAGAUUUACAGGAGUAGCUAUUGCAGAUUUCCUGCUCGUUCCUGGAAACGUUUGACUGCUGAAAAAUAGUCAAAGGUUAAAGGAGUAGCUUGACAUUUUGGGGAACAUGCGUAUCCUUUUUCUUGCCGAGAGUUAGAUGAGAAGAUUGAUACCAGUCCCAUUUCUGUCCGUUCAGUAUGGAGCUGGAGAAAGCAGCCAGUUAGCGUAGCUUAGCAUAAAGACAAUAAGGGGAAACAGAUAGCCUGUUCAAAGCUGAAUAUCUGCUACCAGCACGUCUAAAGCUCACUCAGUUUCACCUUAUAUCUUCUUUGUUUAAUCCAUAAGAAAUUCAAGUGUAAAACUGUUAACGCCCCUGUUAAAUAGCGACUUAUGUGUAAGAUCCUGGCCCAGAAAAACUUUAACUUGACAUUUUUAUAUUUAGCUUUUUGUACAGAAUAAACGAAUGAGAUAUGACAUGAGCUGUAGAAGUGCUUGUAGGUGGAUUUCUGUAGCUGUGGACAGAGCCACGCGAGCUGUCUCCCUGUUUCCAGUCUUUAUGCUAAGCCAAGAAAAAAUUGCUGCAGGGUGUAUAUUCCUAUUUACAUGAGAGUGGCACCAAUCUUCUCAUCCAACUGUUGGCAAUAAGGCAAUUAAGCAUAUUUCCCCAAAUGUGGAAUUAUUCCAUUAAUUUUUCCACUUCGUACCACACUGUCAAUGGGUUGCAGUGUGUUUGCAACUGCAUCACCAAAGAUAGGACCUUUUCAGUAGCUACUUUUGUAAUAAUUUCAUCAUCAUUACCAAAUGGGGCCAAAAUUUUUGGCCAAAGACAAACUGAAAAAGUUACAGAGCUGUAGCAGAGAAGAAAGAAUGUAAAUAGAUGUACAGUUACUGUCCAAACCUUCAUGUCUCCCUCUGGUUGGGUUGCCUAACCACUACUCCACACUACUGACCACUACACUAUACCACCCUAUGGUGUGGAUGGACUACUCUGUCAAGAAGAAAAAAAAAAAAAAA